AUACAUAGCGCGUUAGCCAUUAAUAUUUUACCUUCUUCGAAUUCUUUGUGGAUGUAGAGGAAAUUGAUCUUGAUGCGGAAUGGCACCCAAUAAGAGAACAAGGUACAGCAGAGGAAGAAUAUUCGGAGGAAGAAGAACUUUUGGAUGAAGAGACGGAUUGCGACGAUCCAGUUGAAUUAUACAAACUAUUCUUCACCGAUGAGAUAUAGGAGAUGGUUGUCGAAGAGACAAAUAGAUAUGCAGUACAGCGCAUAUCCAAUAUAGCAUCUGGCAGCAGAAGGCAUCAACAAGCUUGGAAGCCUGUUACGAAACGCGAAAUGAGUACUUUUAUUGUUAUUUUACUAAUUAUGGGUGUAGUGCGGUUACCGGAAAUUAGACUUUAUUGGUCAAAGAAGGAAAUGUAUGGGAAUGCGCGCAUAAAGAAAGCAAUGAAACGCGAUCGGUUUAUGUCGAUAUUGAAAUAUUUACAUUUCACUGAUAAUACGACUGAUAGAAUCGAGGAUCGGUUAUAUAAAGUUCGAGACAUUGUUGACAAAAUUGUUCGCACUUCUCGAAAUACCGUGAAACCCGGUAAAAAUAUAGUAAUUGACGAAAGCAUGGUUCCGUGGAGAGGACGCCUCAGUUUUCGGCAAUAUAUACCAGGCAAGCGACACAAAUACGGAAUAAAAAUGUACAAAUUGUGCCUUCCAGGAGGUUAUACGUAUAAUAUACAUAUUUAUUCCGGGAUGGAUGAAGCGAGAUGUGGAAAACCACAUUCUCAAGAUGUCGUAAUGAAAUUGAUAGGGAAUUUAUUGUUCGUGCGCCGGAUAUUGUUCACUGAUAGUUUUUAUACAAGUGUUCCCUUGGCCGAGGAACUACUCGGAAAAGAUACAUAUAUUUGUGGCACCAUAAGAAUGAAUAACAAAUUUUUACCACCGCAGGCAAAGCAGAAACAAAAGCGAGGCGACAUUAUGUCGUUUCAAAAUCGUAGAGGGGUGAAGUUUAUGAAGUGGACUGAUAAAAGGCCUGUGUGCAUGCUAACCACUUCAAGCAAUCACAAAUGUAUUCUUAUUCGCGGCAAAAAAGAUAAAGUAAAGCCAGACACUGUUUUUUUUUACAAUGAUGCAAAAAAGGGAGUCGAUCUGUCUGACCAAAUGUCGUCAUAUUAUAAUUCUUUACGAAGAACAAUCAAAUGGUACCGGAAACUUGUUAUACAGUUGAUAUGCGGAACCUGUCUGGUGAAUACGUGGUACGUUCACAUAAAAUGGGGAAGUAAACGGAUGAAAAUUUUUAAAUUCAGAGGAAAGAUUAUUGACCAUUUGUUGAUGGAUGUUGUAAAUUCCCCUAGGGAAAUAAUAACAAAAAAUAAAAACUAUUUUCUGAGUUCCUACGAAGGACCCGCGAGGAAGUCGAGAAGGCGAUGUAAAGAGUGUUAUAAACGAUUAGCAAACCUAAGAGGCAAUCAGUACGUUAUGAAGACAACAAAAAAAGUAAAAACAUUUUGCAAUAAUUGUGAGGGUAAACCGGCACUUUGCUUAACUUGCUUUAAAAAAUUGCAUAAAAAAUAGAAUAAUUAUGUUCGAUUAUAUUUAAUU